GUCGGGAAAACCUCGAAAGUAGUCGUCAAUGACUGUUUGUCCUCAAUAAAAUAUAUAAUUGUAAUCAUUAUCAUUUUAUGUCCAGUCGGGGCAAUAGCGAGCAGUUGCAGAACGUUACCUAACCUAACCACGCUUGAGAUAUCGACGAGAGACUUGCUAUUAGAUAAAAGUUGUGUUACGAAGAAUAUCAAUAUAAAAUAA